AUGCCUCCUCGAAGAACCCGCAAUACCAACAAUGAAAAUCCUGAAGAACCGCCCUACUUGGCCCAACUUAUGCAACUUCUACACCAGCAAUCUGUUACACUUGCUCAACAACAACAAUUACUUCAACAACAACUCCAGCGACAACAAGCACCUCCCCCAACACCUACUACCUUUAAAUCUUUUCAAGCUGUGAAACCACCCGAGUUCCGAGGAACUCAAGACCCUGUUGAAGCUCAGUCCUGGCUUAAGGAAAUGGAGAAAGCCUUCACGUUGGCUGUUGUACCCGAAGAGAAAAAGGUUGAAUAUGCGUCGUAUUUUCUGAAAGACGAAGCAAACUACUGGUGGGAAUCAGCUUGUGCUUUGGAAGAAGGUGAGGUUAUUGCUUGGGAUAGAUUCAAGAAGAUUUUCCUAGACAAGUAUUUCCCGAGGUAUAUGCGAACUCGGAUGGAGUUAAAGUUCUUUGAAUUGAAGCAAGAAGAAAUGACUGUGGGAGAAUAUGAGAAGAAAUUUACGGAGUUGAAGGCAAUGGUGAUUGAAGGAGAAAGUGAUCAGAAUCAAAAGGAGAAGGACAACAAGAAGAGGAAGUUUGGGAAUAAAGGUGAAGGCUCGACGCAAGGGAGCCAAAGUGGAAAGAACUUUAGGAAGAUGGGAUUUCAGAAUCAAGGAGGUCCCCGAGGUUUCAAGAAAGGCGACAAUAGGAACCCGAAGAGAAUUCAAGGACCAAGUGGUCAAAGGAGUCAACAAACAACUCCGGAAUGUAAGUUUUGCCACCAGAAGCACACGGGAAAUUGUAAUAAGGCUGAUAUCGUCUGUUUCAAGUGCAACUCGAAAGGUCAUUAUGCGAACGAGUGUCAAAACCCGAAGCCUUCUGUUACAUGUUUCAAGUGUGGGAAGACCGGUCACAUGCAAAGAGAUUGUAAAGCUUCUAGGCCUAAUAAGUUGAUGCAAUUGGCUGCUACCCCUUUUAAUCAAGGAGCAACGUCUUCUGUUUCGACUCUGCAACUACCUCAUCCCCCAGUUUAUGAACCCGUAACUCCUGUUUUUCCUCCUACAUAUCCGGCUCAAGCAAGGACAUUUAACAUGAAUAUUGAGGAUGCUGUCCAGAGUUCUGAGGUUGUGGCAGGUACGCUUCCUGUCAACAACAUUCCUGCUAAAGUGCUAUUUGAUUCUGGAGCUACUAGAUCUUUCAUAUCUGAAUCUUUUGUUGGCAAGUUAAAUUGUGAAAUUGAACCGUUAGUUGAACCCUUAUCUAUUAUUGUCGGUAAUCAAGAUCAAGUAUCUGUUAGUAGUAAUUCCCCCCGGUGUACAAUAGGGAUUUCCGGCUUUAGUUUUCCCGCGUCCCUUAAACCCUUUCGACUAGGAGAAUUUGAUGUUAUACUAGGAAUGGAUUGGUUAAUAGAAAAUGGAGCCCAAAUAGAUUGGAAGAAGAAGAAGAUAAUCUUUAAGUCUCCUCAAGGAAAGAGAGUAGAAUUUAAAGGACAAAAGCAAGUUAAGACAUUUCUGACAAUAAUUGAAGCCAAGAAGCUGUUAAGACAAGGAUGUGAAGGUUAUUUAGCUCAUGUAAUUGAUAGGUCCAAGGAAACGCCGAGUAUAGAAAGUAUUCCCGUAGUUAAUGAAUUUCUUGAUGUAUUUCCCAACGAUCUUCCUGGAUUGCCACCGGACCGUCAAAUUGAGUUUUAUCGACUUAGCACCCGGCACGGAACCAGUUUCGAAGCAACCGUAUCGAAUGGCACCAACAGAAAUGAAGGAAUUGGCCAAGCAAUUACAAGAACUGUUGGACAAAGGAGUUAUAAGGCCGAGCGUAUCUCCGUGGGGAGCUCCAGUUCUUUUCGUGAAAAAGAAGGACGGAAGUAUGAGAUUGUGUAUAGACUACAGAGAAUUGAAUAA